ACCGGCCAAUCUUAGACCUGCACAAUGAGAGUGGCAUCCUCACUACUGGCGUUUUCCUACUUACUUAUUCACGCUAUUGGUCUAAUACUUUUUCUCCGCGGCUUCUUUCCUGUAUCUGUGAAGUCUCAGUCCAGGAAAAACACCGCUUCCGAGAUCCCAGCUGAGCCAUCUGCAGGAACAAAGUCAAAUUGGACUCAUCUGCCACCUCCUCUUUUCAAAAAAACUGUAAUUCUUCUGAUAGAUUCUUUGAGGCAAGGCUUUAUGUUUGGACUGAAAGGAAAAAUACAUAUGCCUUAUAUGACACAGCUCCUAGAAAAAGGCACAACACACAGUUUUAUUGCAAAAGCAGCGACCCCAACUGUCACAAUGCCUCGAAUCAAGGCUCUAAUGACUGGCAGUAUACCUGGAUUUAUCGAUGUUGUCAUGAAUCUAAACUCUCAAGAGCUGUUGGAUGAUAAUUUGUUAUGGCAAGCAAAAGAAGCUGGCAAAAGGGUAGUAUUUUAUGGUGACAAUACAUGGAUAAAACUAUUUCCAAACCAUUUUGUAGAACAUGAUGGGACAACAUCAUUUUUUUGUUUCUGAUUUUACAGAGCCAUCACCUCCAAAUUUCCCCUGCUACCUCUUGUCUCAGAUCCCCACGGUAUCCUUUUGAUUGUAAGCUCACGGGCCAUCUUGCUAAGCACUUUGUAUAAAAGAGCUCCAAUGGCUAGAUAUCCUCUUACGGGCACAGCUCUCUCUACCUCUUGUAUUUGUCUGUGUAUAUUGCACGUUCUCCACUUAUUGUACAGC